AGAGAGAGAGAGAAAGAGAGGGACAGGCGCGCACACACACACACGCGCGCGCACACCCCACACAAACACACCCCGACACAGACACACACAGAGUGCAAAAGGCGAGCCGCCCCAUCCCGUCUCCAGGGUUCUCCGAGGCCCCCGCCCGCUGCUGCGCAUCCCGCGUCAGAGGAGCGAUUAACCAGACCCGGUAAGACACUCCAAGCUGUUGUGGUGCCAAGAUCUACUUCCAAAGGACCCUUAGAAGUCUUGGACAAGCCUCCCACAUGUGGCAGGUGCUGUACUGGAUGCUGUUGACCCAAAGAUGAUGAUGAGGAUGCUCCUGUCCACAAGGAGUUAGCAAGCCGGUAAGGUGUUACCAGAACAGAAAGCAUCGAGGACAUCCGGAAGUAGGAGAGAUUGAUCCGGAGGCUCACCAGGAUGUCUUCCAAGCGACCAGCCUCUCCGUAUGGGGAGACAGAUGGAGAGGUAGCCAUGGUGACAAGCAGACAGAAAGUGGAAGAGGAGGAGAGUGAGAGGCUCCCAGCCUUUCACCUUCCCUUACAUGAAGUCGAUGGCAAUAGAGUUAUGUCUUCAUUAGCUCCGUACAACUCAUCUACCUCACCUCAGAAGGCGGAAGAAGGUGGGCGACAGAGCGGCGAGUCGGUGUCGAGCGCAGCCCUGGGGACUCCUGAGCGGCGCAAGGGCAGCUUGGCGGACGUGGUGGACACCCUGAAGCAGAGGAAGAUGGAAGAGCUGAUCAAGAACGAGCCGGAAGACACUCCCAGUAUUGAAAAGCUACUCUCCAAGGACUGGAAAGACAAGCUUCUGGCAAUGGGAUCAGGGAACUUUGGAGAAAUAAAAGGGACUCCUGAGAGCCUCGCUGAGAAGGAGAGGCAGCUCAUGGGGAUGAUCAAUCAGCUGACCAGUCUACGGGAGCAACUCCUGGCUGCCCACGAUGAGCAGAAGAAACUGGCCGCGUCUCAGAUAGAGAAACAGCGUCAGCAAAUGGAGCUGGCCAAGCAGCAACAGGAGCAGAUCGCGAGGCAACAGCAGCAGCUUCUGCAGCAACAACACAAAAUCAACUUGCUUCAGCAACAGAUCCAGCAGGUUCAAGGUCAGCUGCCGCCAUUGAUGAUUCCCGUGUUCCCCCCUGACCAGCGGACCCUCGCAGCAGCUGCCCAACAAGGAUUCCUCCUUCCUCCUGGUUUCAGCUACAAGGCUGGGUGCAGUGACCCCUACCCUGUUCAGCUGAUCCCAACCACCAUGGCAGCUGCUGCAGCAGCGACCCCAGGCUUAGGCCCACUCCAGCUGCAGCAGUUCUAUGCUGCCCAGCUAGCUGCAAUGCAGGUCUCUCCAGGAGGGAAGCUCCUAGGCCUACCCCAAGGCAACCUUGGUGCUGCCGUGUCUCCUACCAGCAUUCACACAGACAAGAGCACAAACAGCCCACCACCCAAAAGCAAGGAUGAGGUGGCCCAGCCACUGAACCUAUCAGCUAAGCCCAAGACCUCUGAUGGCAAAUCACCUGCAUCACCCACCUCUCCUCACAUGCCAGCUCUGAGAAUAAACAGUGGGGCGGGCCCCCUCAAAGCCUCUGUCCCAGCAGCAUUAGCUAGUCCUUCAGCAAGAGUUAGCACAAUAGGUUAUUUAAAUGACCACGAUGCUGUCACCAAGGCAAUCCAAGAAGCUCGCCAGAUGAAGGAGCAGCUCAGGCGGGAGCAGCAAGCGCUGGAUGGGAAGGUGGCCGUUGUGAAUAGCAUAGGUCUCAGCAACUGCCGGACGGAAAAGGAAAAAACAACACUGGAGAGCCUGACUCAGCAGCUGGCAGUUAAGCAGAACGAAGAAGGGAAAUUUAGCCAUGGAAUGAUGGAUUUCAAUAUGAGUGGAGAUUCUGACGGAAGCGCUGGAGUCUCAGAGUCAAGAAUUUACAGGGAAUCCAGGGGACGUGGUAGCAACGAGCCCCACAUAAAACGUCCAAUGAAUGCCUUCAUGGUAUGGGCGAAAGACGAACGGAGGAAAAUCCUUCAGGCCUUCCCCGACAUGCACAAUUCCAACAUCAGCAAGAUACUGGGAUCUCGCUGGAAAGCUAUGACCAACCUAGAGAAACAGCCAUACUAUGAGGAGCAGGCCCGCCUCAGCAAGCAGCACCUGGAGAAGUACCCGGACUACAAGUACAAGCCCAGGCCGAAGCGCACCUGCCUGGUGGACGGCAAGAAGCUGCGCAUCGGCGAGUACAAGGCCAUCAUGCGGAACCGGAGGCAGGAAAUGCGACAGUACUUCAACGUUGGGCAACAAGCACAGAUCCCCAUCGCUACGGCUGGUGUCGUGUACCCCGGUGCGAUCGCCAUGGCAGGCAUGCCGUCCCCUCACCUGCCCUCCGAGCACUCGAGCGUGUCCAGCAGCCCGGAGCCCGGGAUGCCGGUGAUUCAGAGCACUUACGGCGUGAAGGGAGAGGAGCCUCACAUCAAGGAGGAGAUCCAGGCCGAGGACAUCAACGGAGAGAUUUAUGAGGAGUACGAUGAGGAGGAGGAGGACCCGGAUGUGGAUUAUGGGAGUGACAGCGAAAACCACAUUGCAGGACAAGCCAACUGAUAAGGGCCAACAGACUGUGGUGAGCCGAGGACUUAGAGAAGCCCUGGCCGGUUCUUCCUUACCAGUGGCCAAGCACAUUGACUCUCUCAUACACUGACUGUUAUUUUAACUGUUAGUCUUAAAUAGUUGGGACAUCAGCUGACAAAUAGACCUCAGCCUCAAAAGGCUCGAAAAGGAAAAGAAAGAAAGAAAGAAAAAAAAUUACAAGCAACCGUCAUCAACAACAAGAGAUCGAAAUAAGCUAUGGGUAACAGUGCCAGUAACUCAGCUGCUAUACCCCAGCACUGAAGUCUCACCCGUCGACUUUUUUUUUAAUAAACUUUAUGGCUGUUUGUUCUAUAUUAGAAAUCCUCACUCAGGUACACAGUGCCAGCAAGUGGCUUGUGAAUGUGUUAUGUUGUUCUGUGCUACAACUUUUAAAAAGAAGUUCUGUUCUGUUCUGUUCUGUUUGGGGGCGUGGGGGGAGUGGUUCUGGGUUUUUCUCUUUUUUUUUUCUUUUCUUUUUGAUUGUUAUCUUGCACCUGACAGACAGGGGGAAGACUGUGGCGGUCAGUUCCCUCCACCCUCUCUCUCUCUCUCUCUCUCUCUCUCUCUCUCUCUCUCUCUCUCUCUCUCUCUCUCUCUCUGGUUUAAAGAUGGAGGCAUGUGCGGGGGGCCGGGGGAGACAGGAAGACGAGAGCCUGUGUUUGCCUUCAUUGCUUCUUCACAACAGAGACAGCAACCGUUUUCCUUAGAGACCCCUGACCUUUGCACAGGACACUACAUCUUUGAGCAAGUGCCAAAUUCAUCCCGAAGCGAUCACCAACUUCCUUUGCUUGCCCUUCCUUUUUCCUGGUUCCUUCUUCCAUUAGGACAGUGUUAAACCUUAGACAGUCCCUCCCUGGAAAGAGCUGACAGACCAGCAAAUGGUGAGACUGGUUUUUGUUUGGUUUGGUUUGGUUUUUUGUUUUUUGUUUUUUUUUCUUUUCUUUUUUCUUUCUUUUUUUCUUUCUUUUUUAUAAUGGAAACUGUAGGUGCCGUUCUCAGGUGAAAAGAGAGAGAGACAAAUUUAGAGAAAAAAUAUUUUCUGAUCUUGGAUUUGUGUGUGUGUGUGUGUGUGUGUGUGUGUGUGUGUGAGACUAAGGUACAUUCCUAUUAGGGAAUAAUGUCAGGCCAUCCUGAGCAAUGCCCUCCUUGUGGGAAUAGAAUUCCACCCCUCCUGAGCGAGCAAGCAGGCUUAGAAGCAACCUCAACCCUGCCUUUGCACUUCCUGGGGUGAUGGAACUAAGUGUGGAGCUCAGAAAUUCUAUUUUUCGAUUUCUAGUAUGCUCCUCCUUGGGUGGACCGGGUGGCCCCGUGGCCCCGUGGCCCCACGGCCCCGGGCACGUCCACGGGAGCCAUGGGAGCGACCAGCCAAAUGCUUCUGGAGGCUCCUUCUCCCCAGACAAUUUGCUUUUUUCUAAAGUUUGCUACUUAGUGAUCCAUGUGUAUGUGUGUGAGCGCGUAUGUUUUUCCUGUUGAAACUUUGAGCAAAGCAAUCAUGAUUUUGACUGAACCUAUUUGCCAUUUUUCAGAAAUACAGAAUUAGCUUAUGUCUCCAAUGUUCCAUCCUUUCCUGACAAGGAAACAUAAUUGAUGGUUUUAUAAGAUUUUUCUUUUCUGUCUCUCCACACAGUGAGGUUAGAGACCGUUUGCGUUACACAAGCGUGGGCCGUGCGUAUUCGACACCCCAAGGACCAGGAUUUGGUUAAACAUCACUGCACCACCACAAAGUGGAGCCUUGAUGCACACAGAGACCCCUUAGCCAGUGUCAUGGUCCUUCCCUGUAAUUUGAGCCUGCGAAAGAUCAAUUGUGGGUGCCGGUGGGGUGUAGGCUCAGAGCAGGAACCAAGGAUGACAGGACAGAUGAUUCCAGUCGCCAGCCGAAAGGCCAGGGCAGCGGUAGGUAGAAAACUGCAGCAUCCUGUCAGGUCACUCCCGAUCGUGCUAAAUAGAGAGAACAAGCACCUCAGCCAGGGGCGUAGUUGUGCCCCGUCCUUUCUCAUGUUGCCAAAUACCGCCCUCAAGUUUGAUUUCCACGCAUAAAAGAGGAAGAAGAGGAGGAAAAGAAAACUCCUCGCUGUUUUUUUCUCUCUCAGAAGGUCUUACUUUGAGGAGUUCAUCAUACCUGCAUGUCAGAGGUUUUCUGUUCAUGGGAUUUUUGUUUGUUUGUUUUUGUUUUCUUCUUAUGACUGUAUUUUCAUUUGAAUUGCCUCUUUUUGCUAGUGUAAAAUUAUGAUUAAAUAAUAAUAAUAAUAAUAGUAAUAAUAAUAACAGUCAGCUGUUCCAAGAUUAGUAAAUUAUGUAUAAUUUAUUUUAUUUCUCCCUAUUUUAUUCUGCUUUGGAUUUGGAAGCUGUUAGGUAUUUAAAACUAAUUUCUAUUUCUAGCUCAUACACACAUACACACACACACACAUGGCUGUAUGUGUGUAUUUACACGCAUAGACACAUAUGUCUGUAUGUGUGUGUACACACAAACACUUGCUUCUCCACCCAUAACUUCCUCUGUGUUAACAGCUUUAGCCCCGGUAGCGUUUCGGUUCUGGUAUUUAAUAUGAAGGGGUGAACUAGGAGGAAUGUCAUGUUCAAUCUUAAUUAACUUAUGCUCUUUCCUCUCAUCUUAGUGAUUUAAUUACCAAUUACCUAGAGCCAGUUUUUUUGUUUUUGUUUGUUUUGUUUCGAAGCACUCUGAAUAAGAAAAAAGAAUAGACACUUGUUUUUAUACCGUUAUAACGUACAAUGUGAAAACAGAUUUAUUAAAAAACAAAUGUUUCUCUGUGUCUUAACAAGUUUCUCCUGACUGAUGUGGGUUCUCCACUGUCGUGUGCUGUGGGUCUCUGUCUCGCAGCACAUUCGAGACAAGCUUGGUUUCCAUUUUCUGACCUUGGGCAACAAGAACACUUUGUUUUAGCUCCAGGUUGAUGCUGCUGACAGCAUCCAAGGCCAAACCCCACCCCAACACAGCAGUGAGUGGGGCAGACUCUCUUUGGUUUGCUUUUGGUUCAUUUGAAGGGAAAAUGGAACUGUUCACGGUGACCUGUAGCUGCUGAAACUCUCUGGUUUAGUUGAGUUUAUGUUCAUAAUUGAACUGUGCCCAGACAAAAGCACAAAGCAAACCCAUGAUGACACGUCGUUCUCUGUGCGGACAUUUCUGUCAGCGGAUGCUGGCUUGGCUUUGCCCAGGAGUUUUUCCCUAGGGGACAACAAAAGCAAAGGUAAUUCUUAUCAUGACUAAAGUACACAGAAGUCAUUUGGGGGAAAGGUGCUUAAAUAGCAACUUAACUGUGACAACAUAAUGCCUUUGGUCCAUUGGUUGGGUGAUGGUUUUUGCAAAGGAUCUUAAAGCAUUGCAUUCUUUCUGUGGCACACAAAGCUCAGGUCAGACAUGGUAGAGGACAUAAGAUGAAACGGAAAGAUGGAAGCUAGCAGACAGCACCCUCCCUCCUUCCCUCUCCCCGCUUAUGGGUUCAAGCCACGCCCAUCUGUCGUCCCUUUCACACACAUUUAUACCAAAACUAAAACGUAGUAAUGCCAAUUUCUUCUUUUUAUAUUUGUUAUCAGGACCUCUAAAGCUAGUCAUAUUUGAUAUAAACCUAAGAAAGAUACAGUGAAGAAAAUGUGUUAAAGCUCUUUGUAAGUCAAUGAUAAUUUGGCUAGUUAUUACAAACAGAAAAAUCACACGCACUUCAGUGCAAUUUUACUCAAAUUAGUCAAGUGAACUCUGAGAUCUCAUUUGUUUGUAGCUAAGAAUUACCUUUGUGUAAAACCCCUCCCAAUGAACACACGUAUCAUGGUCGGAACCAAAUCGUCCCAUGGGGGAUGAAUAUUAGAGCGCCAAGUGUUCUAUAAUGAAGCUACUUCGUAUAUUUGAUUUCUGAAGUACAAUCUACCUUACUUUGCUUGCAGGAAAUUCUCUUUCCCAUUCUGAGGUGUGUUCUCAGAUAUUUCUGUAAUGCAGAACUGGCAGUUUCCUCAGAAGAAUCCUCUUCUGUCUCACUUAAAAACUAUACCGUCCUUACUCUAAAGGGUAAAUUAUUGAAUUGUAAUAACUGUAUAUUUACAAACAGUUUUAUAAAAAUAUUUGUCUAUCAAAUUAAGAGUGAAAUGAAACUUUAUGAGGUUUGCAAAGAAGAAAUACGAAAGCUACUUAAAGUGGCUGAUCUAUCUCAUUGCCUCUUAGGGCCUAGACAUUUCUUUAGCCAGGUUGACACAGUAUUUAAUUUUUCAGCCCCACAGGUUGAAGGUGACAUGCUGAGUUUCCUCCUGCUGGUCCCUGUCUCCCCCAGUAUCUAUCACUGGUCCACUAAAGGCAGUAUUUACUCGGCCUCCCUGACUCUGAAGCACUUAGUCCUCCUAACAGUUUGGAUUUCACAAGCGAUAAAGUUUUGUUUGUUUGUUUUGGUUUUUUUAAUGAUUUUUAAAAAAAUAGAAAAGAGACAAUCAAUGCCUGGAGCUUAAAACAAAGUCUGUGCAAACUACCAUCUCACUUGAAAUUUAAUAAAAUAAGAAAUCGUGUAAAUAUAACAUAGAGUUAUAGAUUUCUAUUUUGUUCAUAACAUAGUGUAAUAUAAGUUGUAUAUUUUCAUGUUUUUGGGUUUUAUGUUAUCAUUCAUGCCACAAUAAGAAUAAAACAGGAGUUUGUGUACUCUUGGGAAAAAGAAAAAGAAAAAAAAAUAAGAUGUGGGUCCCCGCCAGCCUGUUUUUUUUUGCUUUUCUGUUCUUGUUUUCAGUCUGUUUUGUUUGUUUGGCCUUCCCCCUUUCAGUAUUACUGCCGUGCAAGGCACCAAUAAAACAGCAAAUGUGUUCUUUAUCUA